CCCAAUUUUCCUCCAAUUCUUUAUCUCCUAAUCAAAUAUCACUCUCUUCAUCAAUUUUUGGUAAGCAACGCUGUCAUGGCCGGAGGAAAAUACAAGAGCAAGGCCUCCAAGAAGAAGACCGCCACCGAGGCUACAAGCUCUGCGCCACAACCCUUCCCAUACCUGGACGGCUCGUUUCUUGAGUUCGGGUCGGAAGAGGAACUCUCUCGUUUCAUCACCAAUUUCGCCAAGCGCCCCAUCUCUCCGCCAAGGGUGCUACCCGAGCUAUACCCUCAACAAAAGGGGUACCACGACCUUGACAAUCAACUCAAGGAGUCGGGUCUGUGGCCUUUCGUCUCCCGCAGUCGCACCUCCUUCAAUCCCGCCUACGUUCGGGCUUUCUACUCCAAUCUCCGCCGGGACGGGGACACUAUUCGCAGCAGCAUCAAUCUCGUGGACUCCGAGUUUGACUUGGCCACCUUUGCCCGGAUCGCAGGUUUGCCCACUCGCGGUGACGACAUCGCGACUUAUGGUGGCGAUGAUUGGAUCCUCAACAACGAGGCGGUGGUCAUCCGAGAGCUUGGAAUCACCAACCUCGUCCGUCACAGCGGCGCACCAACCAUUCACUCAGCCCCGCCGGAGAAGCGCCUUCUACUCUACAUCCUCACCCGGAUUC